CAAACUUAAAUAAAUCAAAAAACUAACUAAUCCAAUCGAACGUGCUAAAAAACAAAACAAACUCAAAAUGGCGGACAUCAUGCGUCCGCCGUUCAGCGAAAUAAAGCGGCCCGACGAAAUCGUCAGAAUGACAACGGCCGAUAAUCUGAAAUUUGCCGUCCUCAUCGGCCUCAUCGAGGUGGGUCAGGUGACCAAUCGGGAGGUGGUCAAUACUGUUCUGCAUUUGCUGGUCGGCGGCGAGUUCGAUAUGGAAUUGAAUUUUGUGAUACAGGAUGCGCAGAAUAUAAAGCAUAUGCUGGAGCUCUUAGAUCAUUGUCCGCCCAAUUUGCAGGCGGAAAUCUGGAGCGUAUUCAUUGCAAUUCUGCGCAAGAGCGUUCGCAAUCUUCAAGCCUGCACAGAUGUUGGACUCAUCGAGCAUGUCCUGGUGCGCCUGCAACGCUCCGAAACAGUUGUGGCGGAUUUGCUGAUCGAAAUGCUGGGUGUGCUGGCGAGCUAUAGCAUAACGGUUAAGGAGCUUAAGCUGCUCUUUGGCACAAUGAAGGCGAACAAUGGCAAAUGGCCGCGCCAUUCGGCCAAAUUAUUGAAUGUGCUACGCCAAAUGCCACAUCGCAAUGGGCCCGAUGUGUUCUUUAGCUUUCCAGGACGCAAGGGAUCGGCCAUGGUGCUGCCCCCGCUGGCAAAGUGGCCCUAUGAGAAUGGAUUCACUUUUACCACCUGGUUUCGGCUGGAUCCAAUUAACUCGGUGAAUAUAGAGCGUGAGAAACCGUAUCUCUACUGCUUCAAGACAUCCAAGGGCGUUGGCUAUACGGCGCACUUUGUGGGCAACUGCCUGGUGCUUACAUCGAUGAAGGUCAAAGGCAAAGGCUUUCAGCAUUGUGUCAAAUAUGAAUUCCAGCCACGAAAGUGGUAUAUGAUUGCAAUCGUGUAUAUAUACAAUCGUUGGACGAAAAGCGAAAUCAAGUGCCUCGUGAAUGGACAACUGGCGUCGUCAACUGAAAUGGCCUGGUUUGUUUCCACUAACGAUCCCUUUGACAAGUGCUAUAUAGGCGCCACGCCUGAGCUCGAUGAGGAGCGCGUCUUUUGUGGCCAAAUGUCGGCAAUUUAUUUGUUCAGCGAGGCGCUGACAACGCAACAAAUCUGCGCUAUGCAUCGCCUGGGGCCCGGCUACAAGUCGCAAUUUCGUUUCGAUAACGAGUGCUAUCUGAAUCUGCCGGACAAUCACAAGCGGGUGAGUCACUUUCAACUAACAGCAAAUGUGGGAAUUGCUGCUGCUGCUGCUGCUGCUGAUGCGGCGGCAACUGGGCAGCAGCAACAGCAGCAGCUACAGCAACAGCAGCAACAGCAACAGUUGCAGCUGCAGCUACAAUUCCAAGUCCUGGCCGCCGAGCAAGAGGCGCGUGCCAUUGAUUGGGCCGACGAGCGACUCGAUUUGAGUGCAGCAUUUGUAAAAAUUCGCGCAGUGCUAACCGCACGCAAUGCGGUUGCAUUGGCUGGUGCUGCGACAGCAGCAGCCACAGCCACAGCCACAGCCGCCACCGCAGCAGCAGUAGCAGCAGCAGCAUCAACUGCCGAUACAACAACAACAACAGCAGCGGUUAUGCCUAGCACGUCACACGAUAACAGCAGCAAUGAUCAUCAACAACAACAACAACAACAACACGCCGACAACAGCAACAGCAACUCAACUGCUGCUGCGGAUGAUCCGCUCGGCCAUUUGCCAACUGGAAAUGCUUCUUUUGACCAACUACGUCGCAUGUCCAGCGUGAGCAGCCUCAGCUCCAUGGGCAUUGCCACACAGGCGGCCGACACUGAGGAGAUCAACCAGCUGAAAGCUGUGCUGUACGAUGGCAAACUAUCGAAUGCCAUUGUCUUCAUGUAUAAUCCAGUCGCAACCGAUGGUCAACUCUGUUUGCAGUCUUCCCCCAAAGGAAAUGUUUCAUAUUUUGUACACACACCGCACGCGCUCAUGCUGCAGGAUGUCAAGGCCGUCGUUACACAUUCGAUACACUGCACUCUCAACUCGAUUGGCGGCAUUCAAGUGCUGUUCCCGCUGUUCUCGCAGCUGGAUAUGGCACAUGAGGGCAUAAGCGAUAUCAAACGUGAUCCAACGCUAUGCUCGAAGCUGUUGGGUUUCAUUUGCGAACUGGUGGAGACGUCACAGACGGUGCAACAGCAUAUGAUACAGAAUCGAGGAUUCUUGGUGAUAUCCUUUAUGCUGCAGCGUUCGUCGCGCGAGCAUUUGACGCUGGAGGUGCUUGGCUCGUUUCUGAAUCUGACCAAAUAUUUGGUCACCUGCCUGUCGGCCAACAGCGAUUUGCUGCUCAAACAGCUGCUCGACCAUGUGCUGUUCAAUCCAGCACUCUGGAUCUAUACACCAGCCAAUGUCCAGGCGCGUCUCUACUCCUAUCUGGCCACCGAGUUCCUCAGCGACACUCAAAUCUACAGCAAUGUCCGACGCGUCAGCACUGUGCUCCAAACUGUGCACACACUCAAGUAUUACUACUGGGUGGUCAAUCCACGCGCCAAGAGCGGCAUUAUACCCAAAGGACUGGAUGGACCUCGCCCAGCUCAAAAGGACAUACUGGCCAUACGCGCCUACAUUUUGCUGUUCCUCAAGCAGUUGAUUAUGAUUGGCAAUGGCGUCAAGGAGGAUGAACUGCAGAGCAUACUCAACUAUUUGACCACCAUGCAUGAGGAUGAGAAUCUGCACGAUGUGCUGCAAAUGCUCAUCUCGCUUAUGUCGGAGCAUCCGAGCUCCAUGGUACCUGCAUUCGAUGUCAAGCACGGAGUGCGCAGCAUCUUCAAGCUGCUGGCAGCCGAAAGUCAAUUGAUACGCCUACAGGCGCUCAAGCUGCUGGGAUUCUUUCUAUCGCGCAGCACACACAAGCGUAAGUACGAUGUCAUGUCGCCACAUAAUUUGUACACGCUAUUAGCGGAACGUCUGCUGCUGUACGAGGAGUCGCUGUCGCUGCCCACAUACAAUGUUCUCUACGAGAUUAUGACCGAGCACAUAUCACAGCAGAUACUGUACACGCGCCAUCCGGAGCCCGAGAGUCAUUAUCGCCUGGAGAAUCCAAUGAUACUUAAAGUGGUUGCCACGCUCAUACGGCAAUCGAAGCAAACCGAAUCCUUGAUUGAGGUGAAGAAGCUGUUCCUGCAGGACAUGACGCUGCUGUGCAACAGCAAUCGGGAGAAUCGACGCACCGUGUUGCAGAUGUCCGUGUGGCAGGAGUGGCUCAUUGCCAUGGCCUACAUACAUCCAAAGAAUACCGAGGAGCAGAAGAUUAGCGACAUGGUCUACUCGCUAUUCCGCAUGCUGCUGCAUCAUGCGAUCAAGCAUGAGUACGGCGGCUGGCGCGUCUGGGUGGACACGCUGGCCAUUGUGCACUCCAAGGUGUCCUACGAGGAGUUCAAGCUGCAGUUUGCCCAAAUGUACGAGCACUACGAGCGCCAGCGCACCGAUAAUAUCACAGACCCUGCGCUGCGUCAAGCGCGUCCCAUUAGCACAAUCAGUGGCUGGGAGCGCGAGGAGCUGCAGCAGCAACAGAAUGGCCCAGUAGCCCAGGCAAACUCCCAGCAGCAGCAACAGGUGCCGGCCAUCAAGGCAGCAGUAUCGGUGGCGUCGCUGGAGGAUGUGCCUCCUGUGCAGGAGGAGGAGGCCGAAGAGCUGCAGCUAGAGGUUGUUGAGAUGGAGCAGCCAGCAGUUAGCGGCGGCGAAUCAACUGAACCGGAGGAACCCGAGCCUGAGCCAGAGCAAGAGCCACAGCCAGAGCUGGCCAACAAAUCGGUCAUAGCCAACAUCUCGGAUGUGUACAAUGAGCAAAUCAAAACGGAUGAGGAGGCGCUACAAGCGGCGCCAGCAGUAGCAGCUGCCGCCGCCGCCGAGACCAGCUGCAAUGGCAACCUGAGUCCAGCCAAGGACCAGACAACAGCUGGCGGCGAGGCAGCACUCAAGGAGACGCUGCAAAUUGGCGAUGAUGUGGAGGAACUGGAGCUGGCCACCAGCAAGCAAACACUCGAUGCGGAGCAGCAUGUGGCACGCGUGCUGCAAGCCUCGGAGGCGGCAUUAAACGACUGCAAAAUGGCCGUGGAUGAGGCGUUGCAGGAGUCGUCCUCAGUGCUGAAGGAUGAGGAAAUCGAGCUGGCCGUCAACGAAGUGGUCCAGGGGGUGCUCAAGAAUGAGAAAAAGUCCAGUCUGGUGCAGGACAAUGUCAGUCUGCUCAAUAGCAAGAACUUGCUCAACAACAAUAACAACAACAAUAAUAACAACAACAACAACAGCAGCAGCAACAUCAACAACAACAACAACAUGGAGCAGACAACUACCGAGCUGAGCGCAACUGAGCUUGAGAGCGAAAGCAGCUUGGCAACCAAUCAAAAGACUGAAGAUGCGGCCAACAAGCUGAACAACAACGAGAAGGAGCAAAGCAGCAGCUCGCCCGAGCUCAUUAGCACAUCCCUAAGCGCCGGCACUGAAAGCAGCGAUGAGAUAAGCUCUGCCCCAGAGGAAGAUGUGGUCGUUGCCACAGAGACGCUCGAGCAGCAGCAGCCAGCAGCAGAGCCAGCAGCAGCGGCAGCUGAGGAAAGCGUCGCCAGCGCAGUGCGUGACAUUGUGGAGCAGCUAAUCGAUAAGGUCAUAGAUGCAGCCGAAGCUGAGACCAAGGCCAGCGCAACGGAAACCAACAACAAUGAGCUGCCAGCAAGCAGCAAGUCAGAGGAAGAAUUGAAGGCAAUUCCAGCUACAGAAGCAGAGCAGACGCUGGCUGAAGAGAUUGUCCAGGAGAUGGUUGAGGCAGCACUCGAGCAGGCUGAGGAGCCAAAGCAGCAAAAGCCAGAGUCAGAGCCACAGCAAACAAUUGCUCCAGUUGCUCCAAUUGAGAGCGAGGAGCAAGUCCAGCAAAUUAUAUGCGAAGUGCUGGAUACGCUGGUGACCGAAACUGUCAACACUGUGGCCGCCGAGCAAAAGCUCAACGAGAAAGCAGCAGCAGCAGCAACUGUUGCAGCUCCAGUUCAACCAACAGUAGAACCAGCAGCAGCAACUGUUGCUGCCGUCGUCGAACCAGCUCCAGCAGCUACACCAGCAGCACCACCUGUGCGUGUGAAGCCCACUGAGGUGGACUCAACCACGCAGACAACACCAAAGAACGAGGCAGAUAUGCACAAGUCCGUGCAGCAGGAGCAGCAGACAGAUGAUGAGCCCCAAGAGACGCUUGUCGCUGCUGCUGCUACUGCUGCUGUCGAAGAAAUCGAAGACGAUGAUGAAGAAGACGAAGAGGAGGAGGACUACAAGCAGCAACAGCAGGCAAAUGAUUAUGCAGCCACAGCGACUGGCGCUGCUGCUGCCAAUGCCGAGGGCAAGCCACAGCGCGCCAAGUCCGGCUCAACGCGUCCCAUGUUCAGUCCGGGACCGACGCGUCCGCCGUUCCGCAUACCGGAAUUCAAAUGGUCCUACAUCCAUCAGCGCCUCUUGAGCGAUGUGCUCUUCUCGCUGGAGACGGACAUUCAGGUGUGGCGCAGCCAUUCCACCAAAAGUGUCCUCGACUUUGUCAAUUCCAGCGAGAAUGCGAUCUUUGUUGUUAAUACGGUGCAUCUGAUUUCCCAGCUGGCCGAUAAUCUGAUCAUCGCCUGUGGCGGCUUGCUGCCACUCCUGGCCAGUGCUACGUCUCCAAAUUCCGAACUGGAUGUGUUGGAACCCACACAGGGCAUGCCCUUGGAGGUGGCCGUCAGUUUUCUGCAGCGCCUCGUCAACAUGGCCGACGUGCUAAUCUUUGCUACAUCGCUGAACUUUGGCGAACUGGAGGCGGAGAAGAAUAUGUCCAGCGGCGGAAUCUUGCGCCAAUGUCUGCGUCUCGUGUGCACCUGCGCCGUGCGCAACUGUCUCGAGUGCAAGGAGCGCACACGCUAUGUGGGCGCACUGACUCGCGAUGUGCCCGGAGCGGCGCAUCUGCAGGCGCUGAUAAGAGGAGCCCAGGCCUCGCCUAAGAAUAUUGUGGAAUCGAUAACCGGUCAAUUGUCGCCCGUGAAGGAUCCCGAGAAGCUGCUCCAAGACAUGGAUGUGAAUCGUCUGCGUGCGGUCAUCUAUCGCGAUGUGGAGGAAACCAAGCAGGCGCAGUUCCUAUCGCUGGCCAUUGUCUAUUUCAUAUCGGUGCUAAUGGUGUCCAAAUAUCGCGAUAUACUGGAACCACCCGCCGAGCCACAGAUACAGCGACAAUCUCCAGUGCUCCAGCGCAGCUCUGGCGGCGAAGCCGCCAGCGCGCGUCCCUUGUUCCCACAGUGGUCGCAUCAUGUCUACCCACAAUUCCUGCCCGAGUCGCAUCAGAAUCACGUUGUUGCCAGCAGUAUGCAACAGCAGCAGCAGCAGCAGCAACAACAGCAGCAGCAGCAACAGCAGCAGCAGCAGCAACAUUAUUAUCAACAUCAGCAGCAUAAUCACAGCCAUCAUCAUAUGAAUGCUGCCUAUUAUCAGCAUCAGCAGCAGCAGCAGCAGGCAAAUGCACAGCAGCAACAGCAGCUGGGCGGCAACAUAUCGCCACCGCCGCCGCUUGGGCAGCACUCGACCAGCUCGUCGGCCAGCUCGACGGCAACAUCGCAGCCAGCAUCGAGCUCAUCGCUGUCGAGUCUCGCCUCCCAAAGCCAGCAGCAACAGUUGCCGCUACAUCGCCAGCAGCAGCUGCACAAGCAGCAGCAGCAGCAACAUUAUCACGGUCAUCAGCCACACUAUGCGCUAAUCAAUGGACACCAACAGCAGCAGCAGCAGCAGCAGCAGCAACAGUUGCUCAAUGGCAGCAAGCAUGGCCAUUAUGGAGAGAAUGGCAUCUCAGCUGGUUAUCAUGCGCAUCCGCAUGGACAUCCGCACGCACACAACUACAUGCGUCCAAUGGCGUCGAUGAAUGGCAGCGAACAGAACGGCCUGGGGCUGGAGCAUCAUGGGCAGCUAAACGGGCACGCCAACAACAAUGGCAACAACAACAGCAGCAGCAAUAGCAGCAACAGCAACAACAGUAACAGUAACAGCAACAGCAACAAUCUGCAGCGCAAUCUACGCAAUGGACAUGGAGGAGGCGUAACAGCGGCUGGUGGCGGCGGCGGCGGCGGUGCUGGCUCUGCUACUGCUUCUGCUGCGGCUGCGGCUGCUGCCGCUGGCGCCGGUAUGGCCAUGGGCUUAGGCAUGGGCAUGGGCAUGGGCAUGGGUAUGGGCAUGGGCAUGGGAUUGGGCGAUGGCGGCGCUGCAUAUAAAUCGAAUGCCAUCAAUAAUAAUUAUCGCUACAAUGGACGCAACGCAACAGUUGGCGGCUCUGGAACAGGCCGACAACAAAUCCAGGACAGCGACUAUGAAAUAAUUGUCGUCGAUGAGAAUAAUCCCUCAGUGCUGGCCGACAAUGAUUCCCACUCGAGUGGACCGCCCUCGAUUAAGAGCGUGGACUCCGAUGUCAACUCACUGAACAUGAAUUCGACGGAGAACGAGGUGCCGGAGGUGGAAUCGUCCAGCGAUAUUCUCGCCGACGAUCACAAGCCGAGCAAUUCGAACGAUGAGAGCUGGACUGAUGUCAAUUUGAAUGAGGAUGCAGCGGUGCAGGCUGCAGCCAGCGCUGGACUCGUUGUGGGUCUGACAGACGGCAGCGACAAGCAUGAGGCACAUCAGCAGCAGCAGCAGCAACAGCAGCAACAUGCACAGCAGCAGCAACAACAAUCGCAGUUGGGCGCUGAACGCGGCGAUAAGCCCGAUUCGGAAAUAUCUGUGGUGCGAGUGCCCGAUGGCUAUGCUGCUGGUGGAUCUGGCGGCUCUGCUGGCAAUGCCAAUGCUAAUGCUAAUGCUGGCGCCCAACGUGCGCGCGAUGAGCUGCCAAUGAAAGCGCCCGCUUUGGUCUCACAGCUGCCGCUGACGACGCCGUCACGCGAGGCGAGCUUGACACAAAAGCUUGAGAUUGCUUUGGGUCCGGUCUGUCCGCUGCUGCGCGAGAUUAUGGUGGACUUUGCGCCGUUCCUUUCCAAGACGCUAGUGGGCUCACACGGACAGGAGCUGCUGAUGGAGGGCAAGGGGCUGACUACGUUCAAGAACUCGCACUCGGUGGUGGAGCUGGUCAUGCUGCUCUGCUCGCAGGAGUGGCAGAACAGUCUGCAGAAGCAUGCGGGACUCGCUUUCAUCGAGCUGAUCAACGAGGGUCGUCUGCUCUCCCAUGCCAUGAAGGAUCACAUUGUGCGCGUGGCCAACGAGGCGGAGUUCAUCCUGAAUCGCAUGCGUGCCGACGAUGUGCUGAAGCAUGCGGACUUCGAAUCCCAGUGCGCUCAGACGCUGCUCGAGCGUCGCGAGGAGGAGCGCAUGUGCGAUCAUCUGAUCACCGCAGCGCGCAGACGCGACAAUGUCAUCGCCAGUCGCCUGCUGGAGAAAGUGCGCAACAUAAUGUGCAAUCGUCAUGGCGCCUGGGGUGAUGCCAAUGGACUAACUGCUACGCCAGCUACGGCUACAGCAACAGCAAUUGCCGUUGCUGGCGCUGCAAAUGCCAAGAGUACCUACUGGAAGCUGGACGCUUGGGAGGAUGAUGCGCGCCGUCGCAAGCGCAUGGUGCAGAAUCCACGGGGCUCAUCGCAUCCCCAGGCUACGCUCAAGGCGGCGCUGGAGAACGGUGCACCCGAGGAUGCCAUUCUACAGACUCGCGAUGAGUUCCACACUCAAAUUGCAGUUUCGCGCACGCAUCCGUCGGCGCAGCACAACAGCGAGCUGCUGGACGAUGCCGAGCUGCUGAUAGAGGAUCGUGAAUUGGAUCUGGAUCUAACGGGUCCGGUUAACAUUAGCACCAAGGCGCGUUUGAUAGCGCCUGGACUGGUUGCUCCUGGCACUGUCUCCAUUACUAGCACUGAAAUGUUCUUCGAGGUGGAUGAGGAUCAUUUGGAGUUCCACAAGAUCGAUGCCGAGGUGCUCAAGUACUGCGAUCACCUGCAUGGCAAGUGGUACUUUAGUGAGGUGCGCGCGAUCUUCUCGCGUCGCUAUCUGUUGCAGAAUGUGGCGCUGGAGAUCUUCCUCGCCAGCCGCACCUCCAUUCUGUUCGCCUUUCCCGAUCAGCAUACGGUCAAGAAGGUGAUCAAGGCGCUGCCACGCGUCGGCGUCGGCAUUAAGUACGGCAUACCGCAGACUCGACGCGCCUCGAUGAUGUCGCCGCGUCAACUGAUGCGCAACUCGAACAUGACGCAGAAAUGGCAGCGACGCGAGAUCUCCAACUUUGAAUACUUGAUGUUCUUGAAUACGAUCGCGGGUCGCACCUAUAACGACCUGAAUCAGUACCCCAUUUUCCCUUGGGUGCUCACCAACUACGACUCGAAGGAUUUGGACCUCAGUCUGCCCUCGAACUAUCGCGAUCUGUCCAAGCCCAUUGGCGCACUGAAUCCCUCGCGACGCGCCUACUUCGAGGAGCGCUACGAGAGCUGGGAUAGCGAUACCAUUCCGCCGUUCCACUACGGCACACACUACUCCACGGCGGCCUUCACGCUCAAUUGGCUGGUGCGCGUCGAACCCUUCACCACCAUGUUUCUGGCUCUGCAGGGCGGCAAGUUCGACUAUCCGGAUCGUCUGUUCUCCUCGGUUUCGCUCAGCUGGAAGAACUGUCAGCGCGACACGUCCGAUGUGAAGGAGCUAAUACCCGAAUGGUAUUUCCUGCCCGAAAUGUUCUACAAUGCCUCCGGCUAUAGACUGGGACAUCGCGAGGAUGGCGUUCUGGUCGAUGAUAUCGAACUGCCGCCUUGGGCCAAGAGUCCUGAGGAGUUUGUGCGCAUCAAUCGCAUGGCCUUGGAGUCGGAGUUCGUCAGCUGUCAGCUGCAUCAGUGGAUCGACUUGAUCUUUGGCUACAAGCAGCGUGGACCGGAGGCCAUACGCGCCACCAAUGUCUUCUACUAUCUGACCUACGAGGGCAGCGUUGAUCUCGAUGGCGUGCUCGAUCCGGUGAUGCGGGAAGCUGUCGAGAAUCAAAUACGCAACUUUGGUCAGACGCCCAGCCAGCUGCUGAUGGAGCCGCAUCCGCCACGCAGCUCCGCCAUGCAUCUCUCCCCGAUGAUGUUCAGCGCCAUGCCCGAGGAUCUGUGCCAAAUGCUUAAGUUCUAUCAGAACUCACCGGUCAUUCACAUCUCGGCCAACACCUAUCCGCAGCUCUCGCUACCGUCCGUCGUCACCGUCACGGCUGGACAUCAGUUUGCAGUCAAUCGCUGGAAUUGCAAUUACACCGCUUCCGUGCAGAGUCCCAGCUAUGCUGAGUCACCGCAAUCGCCGGGCUCCAAUCAGCCGCUCACCAUUGAUCCGGUGCUGGCUGUGCACGGCACCAACAACAACAGCAACGCCGUCAGUCGCCGCCACUUGGGCGACAAUUUCAGUCAAAUGCUGAAAAUCCGCUCGAACUGCUUUGUGACCACCGUGGAUAGUCGCUUCCUGAUUGCCUGCGGCUUCUGGGACAACAGUUUUCGUGUGUUUGCCACCGAGACGGCGAAAAUCGUGCAAAUCGUUUUUGGCCACUUUGGUGUGGUCACCUGCAUGGCACGCUCCGAAUGCAACAUUACCUCGGACUGUUACAUAGCCUCCGGCUCGGCAGACUGUACGGUGCUGUUGUGGCAUUGGAAUGCCCGGACCCAGAGCAUUGUGGGCGAGGGGGAUGUGCCAACGCCGCGGGCAACGUUGACGGGUCACGAGCAAGCUGUCACCUCGGUGGUCAUUAGUGCCGAGUUGGGUCUCGUUGUUUCCGGCUCAACGAACGGUCCCGUGUUGAUUCACACAACAUUUGGCGAUUUGCUGCGCUCGUUGGAUCCGCCCGCCGAUUUCCACUCGCCCGAGUUGAUAACAAUGUCGCGCGAGGGGUUCAUUGUCAUUAAUUAUGACAAGGGCAACGUGGCUGCGUAUACUAUAAACGGUAAAAAGUUGCGCCACGAGACGCACAACGACAAUCUGCAGUGCAUGCUGCUCUCUCGCGAUGGCGAGUACCUGAUGACAGCUGGAGAUCGCGGCAUUGUCGAAGUCUGGCGCACUUUCAAUCUGGCACCGCUCUAUGCCUUCCCCGCUUGCAAUGCGGGCAUUCGUUCGCUGGCCCUAACGCACGAUCAAAAAUAUCUACUCGCUGGCUUAUCCACUGGCUCGAUAAUCGUGUUCCACAUCGAUUUCAAUCGCUGGCAUCACGAGUAUCAGCAGCGCUACUAAAGCUAGCGCCCCCACUAGUUAUAUAUACUGAACAGCUUAAUCAAAAAAUCAAAAAAAAAAAAAGAAAACUUAUUAAGAGCGAGACAGGCAAGUAACUUAAAAAUAUAUUGUGAGCCAGUUUAGCACAACUUGCGGCAUAGAGAGUGAUGAUGUACUUAAGAGCGAGUCAAAUUUAACUCGCUCAUAUAUUAAUAUUGUAUGUUUGUUUGAUUCGUGCAUUGAUUGUUUCUUUAUUCCCUUCUUUUUAUCGAUAGACCCCUUUACACAAUUCUAGGCUAGUAAGCGAAACUAAUGUGGUUUUUUUUUUUUUUUGUUCGUCUAGCAUAACUUAUAAUAGCAAGAUUAGAAAUGUUGGUGUGAGUGCCAGUCAUAAAAGAGAAAAUAAAUAAUUUUUUUUACUAGCAUUACGGCAUGUAGUAUGUUAAGAAAUAUUUCAAUAAUAUAAACAGCGACUGGUGGCUGGGUAGUGACAAAAUAAAACUAAAUAAAUUAUAUAAUAUUAAAUGCAAAUGAUAACAGAAAAUAAUAAGAAAGACAACAAGCGACAUCGGCUUAAGUUGAGUAGUUUUAAUAUGAGAAAAAAAGUUUAAAAAAAAGAAAGAAAAAGAAACGAGUUAGUGUUUAUAAAACGCAAUAAGCAGUUACAAGAAAACUUAACUUUAAUGUAAUAAUGUAGUAAAAGUUCUCACAAAAUAGCUAAACACAAAAAAUAUGAAAGAGCCUAAGAAGCGCUUGAAACGAAUCGAAACGAAAUGAAACGAAACAAAAAUGAAAUGAAGCGUAACGCAAUGUUAUGUGUAGCGAAACGAAACGAAAUGAAAAUGAAACUAUGCGGCCAAAACAAAGGCACUGAAUGUGCAAAAAACAAAAAAGUAAACAGUACUAAAAACCGUAAAGCCAAUUUUUACUCUAUAAUAAAUUAUACUAAAGAUACAGCUUAGGCUUAGGCAAGCCAAACAUGGGAAAAUGAGUGAAUAAAAGUCAGAAAGGCAGCGCGAUAGGCGAAACGCGAUAUCUUCAAUUGAUAACUAACGUAGUUAAAGCGAAAGAAAUUCAAAUUCAACUAAACUAACUCAAAACUCAAGCUAAAGUCCCCACUAACUUAUUCACACUGCUACAAGCUACUUAUAAAUAAAUACAUAUAACAAAAUAAACGUAACGCAAAUUUUGAAAUGCAUUACGCAUACGCAGCGUAGCCACACAGAGAAAAUCAAAUUCUUUUUGCUAUUCAGCCAUUUGCUAAUUUGCUCACUCUGCACUCAUUUCUCAAUAAUUUCGUAUUACGUCCAACUUAAAUUGAAACGAGACUCUAAAUUCCCAAAAAAAAA